AUGUGGGGCGCGCCGGGCACGGCGGUGCGCAGCAUCCGUCCCUACCAGUCCAGCCAGCAGUACCUCUACGCCAUGAAGGAGGACUUGGCUGAGUGGCUGAAGGAGAUGUACGACCUGGACAUCGAGGUGGGCACCUUCAUGGAGGUGCUGGAGACGGGGGCCGUGCUCUGCUCCCACGCCAACAACGUCACCCACGUGGCCGGGGAGUUCGCCCGUGCCCGCCCAGAUGUGGCUUGCCACCUCCCCCUGCCCACCGCCGGCGUCACCUGCAACCUCACGGCACAGCCGGGCACCUUCCAGGCCAGGGACAACGUCUCCAACUUCAUCCGGUGGUGCAGGAAGGAGAUGGACAUUCAAGAUGUUCUGAUGUUCGAGACAGAGGACUUGGUGCUGAGGAAGAAUGAGAAGAACUUUGUGCUGUGCCUGCUGGAGCUGGCACGCCGGGCUGCCCGCUUCGGCAUGCGUGCCCCAACCCUGGUGCAGAUGGAGGAGGAGAUCGAGGAGGAGAUGCGCCAGGAGCUGGACCUGCCCCCCGCAGACUCCUCCCUGUCCCGGCCCUCCAGGAAGCCCCGGGACCUCCACCACCUCGACCAGAUGGUCCAGCACCUGGUGAGUCGCUGUACCUGCCCUGUGCAGUUCCCCAUGGUGAAGCUCUCGGACGGCAAAUACCGCGUGGGUGACUCUGACAGCCUCAUCUUUGUCCGGAUCCUGCGGGAACACGUCAUGGUGCGGGUCGGGGGCGGCUGGGACACGCUGGAGCACUACCUGGACAAGCACGACCCCUGCCGCUGCACCUCGCUCUCUCACAAGCAGGCCUGGAGGAACAGGACCCCCCAGCAGCAAGUGCAACAUGAGGUCUGGCUGUGCCCGGCCCCCAGGGCAGCCACCCGCGGUCCCCCGCGGCCCUCGCUGCUGGUCAGUCGCUCCCAGAGUCCUCUGCCCCCCGUGACCUGGGGGGGCAGAGUCACUCCUGGCCCCCGGGCCCCUGCCACCCCUGUGCCGGACGGCUUGGGUGACCCAGCAGGCGCCAGCCCUGGCCAGGAGGUGAUGCAGAGCCAGAGGGUCCCUUUGGGCAGGACACAGCAGCCAGCACCAUCCAGGUCACCCACUCGACCCAGCUCCCCUGGCCACAGGGUGACAGGGCAGGCACCCACCCUGGCACCCACCCGGGCACCCACCCCUUCCCGCCUGGCCCCCAGCAGGCAGGACGGUGUGAGGGUCCCCAGGGUGACACCGGCAAGGGGCAGGGCCGCGGCACUCAGCACCCAGCUGACUCCAGCACCAUCGAAAACCGCCCAGCAAGGAGGCAAAGUGUCUGCAGUGGCUGCCAGGCCCCAGGAAAGGGGGGUCCCGGCUGCGGUGCCAGCCCGUGCCCCCAGCCCCAUCAAGGUCUGUGCCCCCUCCCCACGGCAGGGAGACUCACAGAGCCAGAAAAGCCGUCGGGAAGAGAGCCGGGCAGCCCCCGGCCGGGGCCAACUGGGGGCUAACAGACGCCAGCCCUCACCCCAGAACUCCUCCAGCCAAGCCCUGAAGCAGGACAGGAGCCGUAACCCCCCCGGCAGGGCCAGCCCCGCCUGCUGCCAGCCCCCCACCCCCCCAGCCCGUUCUGCAGAUGGCUGCAAGGGCUGCGCUGCCGUGGGCGGGUCCUGGCAGUGCCACCCAGCCCCGAACCCAGGAGCUGGGGGUACCGAGGGACCUGGGGUGCAGGCAGGUGACCCGAAGGGACCCUGCGGGAGCAAGAGGCUCCAGGACUGCUGGGGGCACACGCAGCCCCCCGGCUAUGGCAAAGUGCUGGAGGAGCUCAGCCGUGGGUGGCAGCCCCUGCGCCCCGUGGGGCAGGGGAGCUGGGUCCCCAAAAAGUCCCCACCAGCCACCCUGCAGCCCCCGACCCUUCCGGCCGGAGGGGAUGCAGGGCAGCCAGGCGCAGGGGGCCAGACGCCGCAGGGGGCCAGGGCCGGCGGCGUCCCCAAGGCGCGGCGGUGCCUGAAGAAGCCCGAGCGCAUCCCCUCCAUCUACAAGCUGAAGCUGCGGCCCAAGGCGCGGCCCCGGCGAGACCACCGCCCGGGCAAGCGCCCCUCGCGUAUCCCCACCCCGCUGGGGCACCGCCCGCAGGGCCCCCGGCGCCGGCAGCAGCCCCCAGCGCCCGCCCGGCACCCCCAGGACGGUGGUACCCAGCCCAGGGACAAGCCCGCCCCGGCUGACAGCGGGGCCUGGCUGACUGAGGACGAUGAGGAGUCGUGGGUCUGA